CUCCCCACAUCCUCACCUCCAUCCGCACGUCGAGGGACUUGAGAGCUUGAAUAAAGAUGCUCAACGUCUCAGGUCGCUGGAGCCUUGUCACCGGGUGAAACUGAGUUGUCGGGAAGGACGCCUGCAGACAGGAGAGCCGCGUAGAUUCAGCCCAGAGACUCGCACUGCAAUCCUGGUUAUAUGCGCGACAUGGAACUGAAGAAAUCUAUUUCGGACACUGAGCGCGCGCUCAGGAGCUACGGCGCCGUGUCGGAAACUGCAUGGACGACGGACAAAGGUCACUCAGAUGUGUCUAUGGCAGAGAGCACCAUGGAUCCAGAGGAGAUCGAGGUGGAAAUGGCUCGUAUCCAGCGCCUGCGAGAAGUCCUGGUGCGCCGGGAGUCCGAGCUGCGCUUCAUGAUGGAUGACAUUCAGCUCUGCAAAGACAUCAUGAGUUUAAAGCAGGAGCUGAGACAGAUUGUCACCGUACCAGAGAGAGAAAAAACCAAGAAGCACAAGCAGCAGGAAGAGGAGCUGAUCCUGAAGAUCCAUAAGCUGGUGCAGAAGAGGGAUUUCCUGGUCGAUGAUGCUGAGGUGGAGAGAUUAAGGGAGCGAGAGGAGGACAAGGAGAUGGCGGAGUUCCUCAGACUCAAGCUGAUCCCUCUGGAGAAGAAGCUCAAAGUCACACAAAGUCCUCCAAAGCCCAAGAGACAAAUCCCGGAGCCGCCUCCCAACAAACCAUCCAUCACCAAGUCGGGAGUGGCCAUCAUUAAGGAUUGCUGUGGAGCCACCCAGUGUGCCGUCAUGUAACUGACACAGACCUCUUUAUGACCCCGCCCCCGUGUCAGAAACAACACGCUCACGUCACACGACAUGUCAUUCAUCCCCUCCUGUGACUCAGAACCUCAGUUAGCUGUGAUUCCCCCUUGAAACUAUUCAGAGAUCAGGUUUGUACUCGAGUGCAAGCUCACAAGCUUUCAGCCCAGAGUUUGGGAACUGAUCCCUGAUCAGUACGCGACGGGGGAACCUCAUAGUAAGAAGCUUCUUUGAGUGAAGACACGUGUCCACGGUGUAUAUGACGGAAAGGGAAGUGUAAAUAAUACAUAAAAAAAAAACAAAAAACGCAAGUCCUAAAUGAGAAUCAGAUUGGAUCAUGUAACAUUCCUUGAAGAUGAUAUUAUGGUCUGUGAUCAUGGGGUUGAUAAAACAGUGAGAGCAUUUACAGAACUACAAGCACAAUGUCUAUAAAGUGAGGUAUACAUGCUGGGGUUCUCUGUCCAACAGGAAAAAAAACAUCUAUUGCAUCCCGCCAUGUUCGACAACGGGUACUUAUCGUUCCAUUUCAGCCCUUUAACACCAAACCAGUGAACCUCUUUCACUUUCAGGAGACCCACAACUCAGAACAAACGAUACGGCUGCCCAUGAAGUGACUGUUGGAGACGGCUAGCAGCUACCGAAGCUGAACAGUAUUUUUGACUCCAUCCUCUAGCCAGUCUAGCUGUUAAAUUCUCUAUCGGUGUCAUUCAAGGCUUACACAGAAAUAUUUAAUGAGAUCGGACAUCAGUGCACACCUGACAAAAACGUACCUGCAAUGCUGCUACAAAGCUGGGUCAUGUGACAAUGAAAGAGUUUGUUUAAAUGAAGUCCCUUGAACACACAAUGUGUAAUUUCUGUCACUAAGGGGUCUCUCAGUCAGAACAAAAGACUGGAGUAGUGUGGGAUCAUGGAAUUUGCUGCCUUUAUUGAGAAACAACCACCACCGCUGAUGAAAAUCUAUGUACGUGACUUGGACAGAAAUCUUAAAGGAAGAGGUAACGUAUUAAACUUGAUCACGCCACGUUUAGUCUCGCCUGCCAGGUUAGAUCAAACGGACCUUUACCUUGAGUAAAUACGUGGUUUCUAGAGUUUGAACUUUGUUGGAAACAUUGAGAAACAUUGAGCACAUAACUCAAAAUAUUGAACAAAGUCGAGUUGUUUUUAGACCUUUUAAUACAGAUGUGUUACAUAUUAGAUAUUUCAAAUCAAUGUGUCCUAACUGCAGGUGAGCUUGAUAAUAAUUGAUCAUGUACAAGCUGACGCUCUCCAGGUGAGUCGUCAUAAGAUGCAACUGAACGGAAUAUGAUGGACGUAUACAAUUUAGACUCCAGGAAAACAAGCAAAGCAUGAUCAUUUAAGUUGAUUUGAAGAUCUUGGAUUAAUGAAACAAUUUUGCUAAAUAAAAUCAAAAACUUAUGUAUUUCCAAACCCAGUACUCAGUAAAUGUACUGAUUUUACAUUAAUAUCUGCAAUACGUUGACCCACCUUUGUAGCAGCCUUUUCACUUGUGAUUCGCUGACCUUUCAUUAUCGUGGUUAACGCCUGUAUAUGCCAACACUUACACAGCAUUUCAUUCAACAUAGUGGUUGGUUUUUUUCCCCUUCUUCUUCCUUUUUAAAUGGUCUGCUGUGUCACAUCACUGACAUCAUCUCAGCCAACAGCUACUGGAAAUUACUGACUGUGGUAGUGUGACAUCAUUCAUAGAUAUAAUGGAUAUUGCUGACAAACAACUUGCAUCCUCUGAAUUUAGUCUUGCGUUUUUAUGAUAAAACACCAGGAAAAUGAAUGCAACCCUCUUGUAAAUGCCUACAAUAGACGGUGUAUGUUUGAGUGUAUUUAGGACAUUAGUGACUCAUGUCAAGCAAAGUGUUGCCCCCUGUCACUUAACCUUCCCUCUGAUAACUUAGCAUUCUGUAGUAGUAGUAGUGAACUUAUGAAGGUCCUGAUGUUGAAUAUUGAACAAAUAUGCAGAAAAAUAAGCUGAAACUACCUGUACAUAUAUGUUUAAAUAAAGAGCAUCUUUCAGGAU